AAGGGACAUAGAGAUACAGAGAAGCUGAGUGACCAUUCCGCUGAAGGAUCUCCCUUGUUCAACUCAUGAUGGGGUUGUCUUCAAGGCCAUGCAUCCCAACAAUGCUGACCUUCUUAAUGCUUCUUCAGCUGGCCUUCAAGGUUUCACUCCAAGAGGGACCUAACAGAGAGGAUCCCAGAAUACAAAAGUUAAUUGAAGUGCUUGAUCAUCUUAAGCUGCAAAUAAAAGAACUUCAGGAUGUCAUGAUCCAAUUUAAAGGAACCACCAUCAACAUUUUGAAAGUUCUCCUUGGUCCUGGUGGAGAGAUUGUUGAUGGUAAAAUUUUCCGAACGCAAAAAAAUCGAGGAACUUUCCAGGAUGGCAAAAGUGGCUGCGAGAACAACCUUGCCUUGCCGAGGAAUGACGCAGAAAACAAAGCCCUUCAAAAUAUAUUAGUACAGCCUGGCCAAAAGGCAGUUCUGGGAAUCACUUACAAUGCAGCUGAAAACAUCUUUGUGGAUCUGACUGGCCAGCCUAUAACAUAUUCCAAAUGGGCUCGAGGAGAACCAAAUGUCCUUGGGAAAAAUAAGGGUGUGAUGAUAAACGAAAAUGGCGAGUGGCAAAUUGAAGAUCGUGAGUUGGAUUCGUGGACAAUCAUCUGUGAAAUUAGCAUCUAACAGAUGUUGGGUUGGGGAAGGAAAAGAAUUCCACCAUAGAGUUGAAAACGAAAGCUUACUCUGUUAAUCGCACAUACAGUCUAGCAUAUGGCAAGUAAAUCCUAAUCCAAUAGUUUCCCUUGUUUUCAGCGAAGAGAUCUGAAGUCAAGUUUUACUCCAUUGACUUCAGCCUUGUCAUUCCAAUGGAAGUUGCCUUCUUCCACUUAAACCAACCACCUUGGAAUCCUUCCUCAGUCUUCCACUGAAGUAGUGGCCAGACUUGAUGCUGAUUAGCUUUUACCAUCCAUCAUCAGAUAGAUGUUGCCAUCUUCCAAGUGUUCCCUAGCUUAGCUUAGAUAGCAAAACCUGCACAGAAAUGUAACAAUUUAUAGAUCGAUUUUCCACCAUUUCUAAAUAAAUGCAUUUCCUA